UGAAAAAUUUCCUUUCUCUACUUUCCAUCGGUACACUCUGUAUACCACAAAUUUUCUUUCUGUCACGGGAAAAUCCCUCCAACCAGGUACCUUUUUCUCCAAGAAAGUAAGUGGUUUAUAUUACCCCUCUCUAAGCAACUUAUUUUCUUCUCGUGAUUCUUUAAGCAUAUACGUGAACACAAUGCUAAGUAUAAAGAACAUACACUUAGUCUUAUUUACAACGUUAAAAUCUUGUUCUUUUUGUUCGAUCCUCAAGAAAUUAAAAUGGAAAAUGGAUUAAAACCACUUGAGCAGAAACAUUUGGUAGAUAUCCAUGAAGUACUGCCAGAGGAAGAAGAAGAAGAAGAAGAGCAAGAACAAGAAGAAGGCAGAGCAAAAAUUGCAGAUAACGCUAAAAAGGCUCAAAAUAGACCAUUUAGAGUUAAAGAACCAAAAAGGCCACUGCAGAGGAGUAAUUUUAGCAGACAAGUUUCACUGGAAACAGGGUUUUCAGCACUAAAAAGUGAAUCAAAGGCAAAAGAUGAGAGAAGAAUUAAUCUUCCGAGAAGCGGACGAAGUUUCGGAGGAUUUGAUUCAGCUGUAAGGAUUAAUGGUGAAGCAAGAAAAGGAGAUUUCAGUAUCUUCAAGACCAAGUCAACUCUCAGUAAGCAAAACUCUUUGUUGCCUGAAAGAAGAAAAAGAGAGAAUGUAGAUCAUCAGACUCAAAGAAUUGGUGGGUCAAAUGGGGUUGAUGAGUCAGCUCAUGAUGGUGUUCCUGCUGGAAGAUACUUUGCUGCUCUUACAGGACCUGAACUAGACCAAGUCAAGGAUUCUGAAGAUAUUCUCCUCCCAAAAGAUGAGAUAUGGCCUUUUCUCCUUAGAUUCCCAAUCGGUUGCUACGGUAUAUGUCUAGGGUUAAGUAGUCAAGCUGUUUUAUGGAAAGCACUGGCAACAAGUCAUGCCACCAAAUUUCUCCACAUUCCACCAUUCAUAAACCUUGGCCUCUGGCUCCUAUCAGUAGUAGUCCUACUCUCAGUUUCCAUUACUUACAUCCUCAAAUGCAUAUUCUACUUUGAAGCUGUCAAAAGAGAGUACUUUCACCCGGUUCGAGUCAACUUCUUCUUCGCACCAUGGGUCGUGUGCAUGUUCCUAUCUAUUAGUGUACCUACUGUACUAUCUCCUAAAACAUUACACCCUGUGAUUUGGUGCUUAUUCAUGACACCCUAUUUUCUUCUGGAGCUCAAGAUUUACGGUCAAUGGCUAUCGGGCGGAAAGCGGCGGCUUUGCAAAGUAGCUAAUCCGUCUUCUCAUCUUUCUGUGGUUGGAAAUUUUGUUGGGGCAAUUUUAGCAGCUAAAGUAGGAUGGAAGGAAGUUGGUAAGUUCUUGUGGGCAAUUGGGUUUGCACAUUAUCUUGUGGUGUUUGUGACAUUGUAUCAGAGAUUGCCGACGAGUGAAGCAUUGCCGAAGGAGUUACAUCCUGUUUAUUCUAUGUUCAUUGCUGCUCCGUCGGCUGCUAGCAUUGCUUGGGAAACUAUUUAUGAUGAAUUUGAUGGGUUGUCGAGAAAUUGUUUCUUCAUUGCGUUGUUUUUGUAUAUUUCACUGGUCGUGCGCAUCAACUUCUUCACGGGAUUCAGGUUUUCAGUGGCGUGGUGGUCCUACACUUUCCCGAUGACAACCAUAUCGGUGGCGACAAUCAAGUAUGCAGAACAAGUCCCUGGUGUUCCCAGCAAGGUCCUUGCACUUGUGCUUUCGUUCACAUCAUCUGCGAUGGUGUGUGUGUUGUUUGUGUCAACCCUUCUCCAUGGCUUUGUUUGGCAAACCCUGUUUCCGAAUGAUCUAGCCAUUGCCAUAACAGCAAAAAAACUUGUCAGGGAGAAAAAACCCCUGAAGAAAGCCUACGAUAUAAGGCGGUGGACAAGGCAAGCUCUUAACAAGCCAAAUCCAGAAAACAACAAUGUUGGCGGAGAAGAUGAUGAAUUACUCAACCCACAGCAAAAAUGAGAGUCAAUGUAUUUUACAUAAAAGUCAUGUGUAGAGCAACGUAAAUGAUGAGAAUUGAAAUUUGAUAGUAUAGCAUAAAUGAAAUUUAAAUAAAAUUCUAUUCUGUAAA